GAACGACGCUAUUAAUACUCGUGAACCCCACAGUUGGCACUGCACUAUCCCUGACUGAUAUAGACAUAGCUUCAAUGUUCGACCCCUCAUUCCGUACAUUCAGUAAUGUGCAUCAUGGCUUAUUCGGCUUGUCCUUGUGUUUGGUUCUUCUAUUCGUAAACUUGACUAAGACUUGUUCCCCCAUUCAAAUCCAGCAUUAUCGUUCAACAAAGAUUAUGUCACCGUGGUUUCCCUGCAGUUUAUAAGGCCCUAGGUAUUCUCCGUCUUAUCUCAGGUUUCCCUCCUGGCCUUCACAUAAUAGCCAGUCUCAUUCAUGAAUGCUGGUACCCAUGCAUUCCAAUGCAGCUUCUCUCGUCGCUUGGUUUUUUCUCUCAUUUCUCACAGACAUCCUGGUUGAAGCUGCAUGUUAUAACUGUGAUACGAAUAGUAGAUCACAGCUCAGCUCAGCUAAUUACGACGCUGGGUGGCCUGGGCCCGGAGAUGGCGUUAUUACACGCUGUGUCGGUGGCUAUGGUUGGUCAGUGUACAACAAGAGUCCUCCUGAGGAAUUUUACCCCUACAACGCCGAAACCACGUUCCAACUCCCCGUCAACUAUGAUUUACUGUACAUGAUAACUCGCGGCGGUACGAACAUUGGAAGCGUCAACAUUGUGAAAUCAAAUGUCGUCAAAAGUACGGCCGAUGUCCUUGUGCACGUCGGUUACUACACACAGCAGGCAUUGAAUCGUGUCAAUGCCUGUCUGCUGCACAGAGGGAUGAAUACUCAAGGUGUCGGCAUUUAUACGCCCGACAAUUGGAUUCCUUCUGAGCAGGAGGGCCGCAUGCACUUUGAUGUCACAGUGACAUUUCCUGCUACUUGGGACGGCAAGCGCCUGUGGAUCAAGGAUUUUCAAACCAACUUCGAUCACUACUCCAUCAAAAUUGACGAUAUCCAGAGCUCGGUUUACUUCAACUCUAUCUCCUUAUCAACCCUUACCGCAGGCAUUAGGUCAGAUUCGGUCUUCGCAUAUGUUGGCUCGUUCAAAACGACUAGAGCAUUUAUCAGGGGUGCCUUCUAUGUUUCUCAGCUAUACUUCAGUACAACCUUCGGACCCAUCGACGUUUCCGUUGGCCAUCCGGCUGUGGGUUCAUAUCUUACAGGACUUCCCUUGAGCACAGAUAACAGUCCCAUGCAAUCGACCUUUUCCAAUGACGCUCAGGCUGCAGCCGAACCCUUCAGCCUCAGUGCCUACACCAAUGAUGGGCCCAUCACCAUUUAUUAUACGAAUGCUGCACUUAACUCUAUUCAAAACUUUGUCGCUGUUACCACGGGUUCGCCCGUAACGGUAUCAAUGAGCAGUACUUACGAAGGCGAUUUCAUUCUGGACACCACUGGAAAUAACCCUAUUGAUGUGAGAACAAGUGGCGCAAGGGAUCCUUCAGGCCAAGGAAGGGGGCGUGUUCUGUAUAUAAACCCACAGGGCGGCAUGACUCACAAAGAAGGUACAGUGUAUUGGGACCCUAUUGGACCGGGCUGGAGAGAAAGCAGAAUUUUUAUUCGAACGGAUAGGGCACCGAUCUGGCUUACCGUCUAAGUGGUCAGGUGCUCUUCGCCAAUUUGCAAGCUUACUAUCUGGAAUUCUUGGCAUCAUUUUUCGUCGUCUUUCUUUUUGUACUAUCAGUUGUCCAAAUAUGCUGUAACAGGUUUUGCAAUGUAAACUCAGCCAUAUAAAACAUUUUUGAACGCU